AUGGAAGGGGAAGCGUUUCGCUAUGAUCCAGCUAACAGCUACGACAGCCAUCCUCAACUUCAUAUUGGACAAAUGACCGAUGUUUGCUCAUAUUGUGAUGCUCUCAAGUGGCCUGGAGAGGCACCAGGUAUAUGUUGCUCUGGUGGUACGGUGAGGCUACCAGCACUUCGGCCUCCUCCGGAACCACUGAAAUCACUGAUCGUUUUCUAUUAUGUUCGGUUUCGGUUAACCGAAACCGGUGCAUGCCUAUAUCGGGUCAACUUAUAA